GCCACAAAUCCUGCCUGAGGUCUUGUUAGAUUCCGUGAUUUUUUUUUUUUACUUUAAACAGUUGGAAUAAGUCUGGCUUCUCGAAUUAAGGAACGAUUGCGUGGUUUGUUUUAAACUUCGUGGAUUGAUCUAACGUUAGUCGUAUGGUGCCGGGGUGCAUCCUGCACCAUUGACCGCAAGGCAGAAACCUGACAAUUUUCGAAAAUGGCAAAUCCAGUAGCACCUGAUUACCCUGAUACAGUAUGGAAAGGCAAUUUUUAAACAUGAGAGAUCAUUGAGAGAAACGAAGCAGCUGCCAUAUAUGACACAAGAAUACUUACAUAUAUGUGACACAGGAGACAUGUUUGGCUGACACGUAUACAACAUGGAGACAGACACAAAACGCAUUAAAGAAGAGGACUGCGACUGGGAGCCUGUCCACCUUAAGCAGGAGAGUAGCAUUGUUAAGGAAGAGGACUGUGGCUGGGGUUCAGUAAGCAUUAAAAAAGAAGCUGAGCAGAAGCCUGUGUACACUGACACCCAGAAAUUUGAAAUUACAGAUGGCAUCAAAAAAGAGGACCAUGAUUCAGGGCCUGCCUUUCAGUUUGGGCUUCAAGGUGCAGAGUCUGCCAAUGUGAAGUGUGAAUCAUUAAAAUCUGAUGUGGAGAUGACUGAGGAAGUAACAAAGGGGGUAUUACAAGAUCAGCCAUCAUCUAUAAGCCAUUCUGGACCAAAUUUAGAAGAAAGUGACACCUUAAGGCCAUCGUCAUUUGCCUCAACCUGUCUUCAGAGUAUGCCACAACAGAAGCAGCAUGACGAAGACACGAGGAACUUAACAGCUGCAUUAGAGACUUUGGCACCUGCCUCUUUGCAGUCCCUACCUGUUGUGAAACUCGCAAAGAUUGAUGCCACUAGUUCUCAUAAACAUGCACAAGAUACAAAUGCAGUGGCUAUGAAUGUGUGCUUAGGACACAGCCAAAAUUUAAAACGUAAAUCUUAUUAUAAGGAUCUUCAGUGGAGUCAUACAAAGCAAAACUCCUAUGUCUGUUCUGAAUGUGGCAAACAAUUUUCACAGAAAGGCAAUCUUCACAGGCAUGCAAGAAUUCAUACUGGGGAGAAGCCACAUUCUUGUUCUGAUUGUGGCAAAGGGUUCUCCAGCAAAAGCAGUCUUCAGGUUCACACAAGAAUUCACACUGGAGAAAAGCCCUAUUGUUGUUCUCUUUGUGGCAAACGAUUCUCCUGCAAUAGCAGUCUUCACGUGCACACAAGAAUUCACACCGGAGAGAAGCCAUACUGCUGUUCAGAAUGUGGAAGGCAGUUCUCCGACAGUAGCAGUCUUCUGAGGCACAAAAGAAUUCACACUGGAGAAAAACCAUAUUGCUGUUCUGAUUGUGGCAGACAGUUCUCCAACAGUGGCCAUCUUCAGACCCACGCAAGAAUUCACACUGGGGAGAAACCGUAUAGUUGUCCAGAAUGUGAUGAGCGAUACUCUGACAGGAGUAGUUUUCAGUAUCAUGUAAGAAAUCACACUGGAGAGAAACCAUUCUGCUGCUCAGAUUGUGGCAAACAGUUCAGCACUAAUAGCAGUCUUCAAACCCACAUGAGGAUUCACACCGGAGAGAGGCCAUAUUGCUGUCCUGAAUGCGGGAAACGAUUCUCACGCAUAAGUCGUCUUCAGAUGCACAUACGAUUUCAUACAGGGGAGAAGCCCUAUUUUUGUACUGACUGUGGUAAACAAUUUUCUGACAAAAGCAAUCUUCAUACUCAUAUAAGAAUUCACACGGGGGAGAAGCCGCAUUCCUGUUCAGACUGUGGAAAACGAUUCUCACGCUUAAGCCACCUUCAGAGCCACAAAAGAUUUCAUGCUGGAGAGAAGCCGUAUUGCUGCUCUGACUGUGAAAAAUGUUUCACUGAUCGGCGCAAUCUGCAGCGACAUGCAAGAGUUCACAUUAAAGAGGGAACCCAGAAGGAGGUUGUAGAGAGGAAGAGGUGAAAGCCUGGAUUAAGCUUCUAUAGCAUUAAACUUCAGUGAGUUUCCCACCUAUGUGAAGUCUGGAUGUAUGCCUUUACAUAGUAGGCUGUACUACAAUUGUGUUGCCAAUUACAAAAACACAAAGUGGUUCUACAGCUCUGUAGUUUGGAUGCCCACUGCCUGUCCUGUCUGUUCUUAAAACUGACUGCCCUGCGUAAUCUUUUUUUUUUUUUUUUUUUUUUUUAAAAGAUCAAUCUUAACAUUGAUGUUCAAAGCAGCUAACCAGAAGAUGCACAUCUCUUACUGGAAUAAAAUCAAAAACAAAAAAGUCUUUCCCAAAGACUGAAAAUAAAAUCAAAAGCAGAAUUAAGACUUUCGCAAGGGUUGUUAGCUGUUCCCUCAAGCCAAAAGGUUUAAUAAUAAUCAUAGCUGGACAAAAUUGUAUUAUUUUACUAGAGUGAAGAAAUGCAAAGAUAGAAGUCAAAUUGAGACAAAAGAGCUACAAGUCAAAGCAAGAACAUCAAAAUCAAGGCUAUCAAACUCCCAUUUGUUCACCAAAGCUUGUACAAAGAAGCUGCUGCACUGCACUAUAAUGUAGUUAGCACAUGUUUGUGAUGACAGUCAGGGAGGAUUUUCCCUAGCAACCCAUUUUCCGCCAAUAUGAUGCACUUAAAAUGUAAACAAAAAAUAUUAAUAAUGAAGUCUUUCUCAAACCAAGAAAUGGAAUUUAGACUUGUAUAUUAAAAUGAGGAUAGUAAGGCCGCACAGUGGUAGCACUGCAGCGUCAUAACAAGUGAACUAGGAUUCAUGUUCCUUGAGCUUCCUGCGUGGAGUUUACAUGUUCUCCCCAUGUUCACAUUGGUCUCAUCUGGGUGCUCCACAACCCUACAGUCCAAAGACAGGCAGGUUAGGUGGAUUGGUAUUGCUAAAUUGGCCAGUGUGUGUGUGAGUGCCCUGCAAAGUACUCAUGCUAUAUCCAGUGAUUGCACCUGCCUUGCACAGGAUGCUUGCUGUGAUAGGCUCCAGCUUCCUUGUGACCUUGCUCAGGAUAAGUAGGUUUCAAAAAUGUAUGAAUGGAUAUAAAAACAAAGCAAGAACAUUAAGCUUUCAAUAUAUCAAAAUCUUGCUAACUGAAAAUAAUUCUCCAAAAAGACAAAAAAUUCUAACUAGCCACUGCUUAACAAUAAUCAAGGAAUUGCAACUUAAUGCGUUUGGUUUGGUACAGUAUUAAAGAUUCAGAAAUGAAAUCCAUACUGAUUGUACGUACACCUAUAAAAUAUCCAUCUAGCUUCUGCUAAUAAUAAUAAGUGAAACUGGUAUCUGUGCUGUAACAUCUUCAGAUUAAGAAUAAUGCUUCAUUGUGAUGUCAAGACAAGUUUUGCUUGAAGAAACAUGGUGAAAUAAAUGGAUACUAAGGGGAAAUUUUUAAAAGGUUUGGAUAUGGUAUGGUAGUCGCAAGAACAAAAAGAAAACAUCCACCAAUGCAACAAAUAGUGAAAUUCUGGUGAAUGGAUAUGAUAUAUAAGCCCACAAAGAAAUUAGAACAGGAGUAACAUUGAGGCAAGUGAGGGAAGGUUUUUUGUUCCACAUUACUAAGGCAGGAGAACAAGGACAGCCAUCGCAAACAGCAAUACAGAAAGAAACAGCAGGACACAAAUCAUGAGAUAUACAAAAACAUUAAGGGAAAAGAGGAGAAAAAGGGAUAUUAUCUGUUGAGGUGUCUCUUAUUGCUCUAAUUUUCAGUUGUGUAGCACUUG